GGAAGCGGAAGUGACGUGAAAAAGAAGCGCCUGCAGCGAGCCCGCCUCGCUUACAUGGCGAUGAACAGCCGGCUGCAGGAGAUCAGGGAGCGACAGAAACUGCGCCGGCAGCUCCUGGCUCAGCAGUUGGGAGCUGAAAGUGCGGAUAGUAUUGGUGCCGUAUUGAACAGCAAAGAUGAUCAGAGGGAAAUCGCUGAAACGAGAGAAACCUGCAGGGCUUCUUAUGAUACUUUAGCACCAAAUGCAAAACGGAAAUAUCCAGAUGAGGGAGAGGCUGAUGAGGAAGAAAUUGAAGAAUAUAAGGAUGAAGUAGAGCUGCAUCAAGAUGAAGAGAACCUGCCCUACGAAGAAGAGAUUUAUAAAGAUUCCAGUACCUUUCUGAAGGGAACCCAGAGCUUAAAUCCUCACAAUGAUUAUUGUCAGCACUUUGUGGAUACAGGACAUAGGCCGCAGAACUUUAUCAGAGAUGUGGGCUUAGCAGACAGGUUUGAAGAAUAUCCCAAACUUAGAGAGCUCAUCAGACUAAAGGACGAACUAAUAUCUAAAUCUAACACUCCCCCCAUGUAUUUACAAGCAGACUUGGAGGCCUUUGACACUAGAGAACUAAAGUCCAAAUUUGAUGUGAUUCUUCUGGAACCUCCAUUGGAAGAAUACUACAGAGAGACUGGCAUCACAGCCAAUGAAAAGUGCUGGACUUGGGAUGAUAUUAUGAAACUGGAAAUUGAAGAGAUUGCAGCCUCACGGUCUUUUGUCUUUCUGUGGUGUGGCUCAGGGGAGGGUCUGGAUCUUGGCAGAGUGUGUCUACGCAAGUGGGGUUACAGACGAUGUGAAGAUAUUUGUUGGAUUAAAACCAAUAAAAACAAUCCUGGAAAGACCAAGACUCUGGACCCUAAAGCAGUUUUUCAAAGAACAAAGGAACACUGCCUUAUGGGUAUUAAAGGAACUGUCCGCCGCAGUACAGAUGGUGACUUCAUCCAUGCUAAUGUCGAUAUUGACUUAAUUAUCACAGAAGAGCCUGAGAUUGGCAACAUAGAAAAACCUGUAGAGAUUUUUCACAUCAUUGAACACUUCUGCCUUGGAAGAAGACGCCUUCAUCUUUUCGGAAGGGAUAGUACAAUCCGACCAGGCUGGCUGACUGUGGGACCCACCCUCACAAACAGUAACUUUAAUGCAGAAACCUAUGCCUCCUACUUCACUGCUCCAAAUUCCCAUCUGACUGGUUGUACAGAAGAGAUUGAGCGACUUCGACCUAAGUCACCUCCUCCAAAAUCCAAGUCGGACCGAGGAGGUGGAGCUCCUAGGGGAGGAGGAAGAGGCGGGACUUCAGCUGGCCGGGGAGAGAGAGGGAGAGAGAGGAAUAGAACUAAUUUCCGGGGCGAAAGGGGUGGAUUCAGAGGGGGCCGCGGAGGUACCCACAGGGGAGGCUUUCCACCACGCUGAUGACAUUUCAGUCAUCUAUUUCUUCCUCUGGUCCUAUGUCUCCUCUUCAUAUCUUUUUUUAGUCCUUUUUGCACCGAGAUGAGUCAUUCCGGGGACUUUUUUAAUUGAUUGUGCUUUCUGCAAGCAGUUCCGGAUACUUUACCUGCCCACAUCUGGCACAUCACCUUACUUGUCAGGUGGGAUCCAGCGCCUGAUGACAAUGAGCUAAAAAGCCUCCUGGCAGCUUUCAUGCACCAGGAAGGAGGUCGAGCAGACUGGGAACAUCAGAAGGGGUUAGUUCCCCAAGCUGUGAAUAGGAUUUGAAGAGGAGUUACUUGCUCUGAUCUUUUCCAACUUAGAAAAGAAUAAAAAAUCUUUCAGCUUUUUCCUUUAACGCUUCCCUAUAAAUGCUGAACAAAUCCUUCCCUUCCCUUUUGUGGAGGUAUCAUGAUGAUGAUACAGACUUGCAUUGUGUUUAUGGAAGGAAAAAUGGCACGUCUAUAAUAGCAUUUAUUUCUUCCUCCCCUAUAUUCAUAACUAAACAGAGGAGUAAUAUUGAAUAAAUAGAGCUCUAUUUUUUUUCUAUUUGUUUUAAAUUUCCCCAGUCAUUCCUGGGAGCAGUUUUGUAGUAGUUUUAUUUUUGACUUGUCAAAUAUAUUUAAAACAUUUUUAUCUUGAUGUUUGGACUGAAAAAACCAGAAACAAUUUUAUGUUGUCACUUGUAAUGCUUCAUGGAAAGCAAAAAGUGGCAAUCAUCCAUAUUUGAUCUAGAAUUUUUGUUUACGUAGACAUGCAUUGUUUUAAACUAGAGAAUCUUGCCCAUUGCCUGUUAACUGUCUUAUUCAUGACUAGGGAAAGCCAAGUUUUAUUACAAAAUAAAUGCAGUAUGAAUAAUGAAACAGCCCCAAUGGAGGUAAUAUUUGCGGAAAGGGAGAAAGCCAUAAAGAGGAAAAGUACUUCCAGAGAAAUCUGGAUAAACUCCACCUGCACAAACAAUGCUCAGUGACUGAAAAAUUGUGUUUAAGCUUUGAAUCGUAAGUGAUGUGGGGAUGAGAAUGUCUUACAGAAAAUCAGCUUCAGAAUACAGCUUCAAAAGAGAAAGUGAUUCACCUUUGUUGUAACUGUGUGAAAUUUGGUUUUAGAAAAGCCAGCUCUGUAAAUCAUUUGUACAGUAUUUGAUGCAUAUGAACAAAUCCUGGCCCCACUGAAGUCCAGGGGAUUUUGCUAUGGAUUUCAUUGGGACUAGAAUUUGGCCCUAGGACUCUUGUACUGCUUAUCGACUGAACUUUUAAAUGAAUGCCCUGUAAAGUGGCGAAUAAUGAAAUUUCUUUCAGUAUUGUUUUUGAUAAACAUCUUUCCUAAUAUUUUCUAGAA